CCUUAUUCUCUCCAUUUUCCCCUCUUCGAACUUAUUGCUUCAACAUAACCACACCAAACUUAACAAAAACCCAAAAUGAAUCUCCUCCAUAUCCUCCCAUUCCUCCUCCCCCUCACAACCGCCGCCCCAGUUCAAAACCCCUUCAACCUAGUCACAUCCAGCUCCAACACCGCCCACAACAACCUCUUCCUCUCCACCCAAUCGACAGGCCCACUAGACAGCAACCCGGUCUUCCGCGACCCCUCCAACGCCGCGACAUUCUUCCUCACAAACACAACCGUCCACUACGACGCGCCAAACAAGGCCCCCUGGGCACUGUCACUGGUAAACGGGAAAGUUGUCCAGGGAAAUGUGGAGGUUAGCGUGAGUCCGAGUACGGCUAGUGCGGUUAGUACUGGGUUUAGUAUUGCCGAGGAUGGGGCUUUGACUGUUGCUAGUGAGAGGUGGGGUGGGUGGUUGGUAUGUGCCGGGCAGGGGACUUCGUUACUGGAGUUGUUCUAUCAGGAUACUACAGCGGGGAGUGGAGUGCCUGAUGGGUGUGAUCAGGUCCAGUUGAAUGCUGUUUCCAAGAGCUAGGAGAUGGCACUCAGAGCUGGACUUGGACGUGGUUGAGGAUGAUUUCCACCACCUCUUAUUAAUUCACUGGGCUGGGUUAGAGAAGAUGGCGGUGUUCACUUGUUCAAUCAUUGUACCGUUACGACUUGAAUGCCUGGUUAGAGUAAUAAUCGUGAUUUUUAUGCGUUAGACAGCAGUCGAUUUAAUCAAUCAUCC